GGGGCGUGCAUCCUCCGUGCGCCCUGCCCGGCGCGUGGCGCACCGCGUGCUCGGAGCAGCGCGCAGCCCCGCUCCGUGGGCCACGAUGGAGUUGGCGACGCGCUCCCAGGUCCCCAAAGAAGUGGCCGACAUUUUUAAUGCCCCCAGCGAUGAUGAAGACUUCUUUGGCUUCCAAGAUGAUGUUCCUAUGGAAACUCUUCCCUCGGCUGGGAGCUUCGAGAGCUUGAACUCACUGGAGUCGGGGCAGCAGCAGGAUGUAUGUUUUCGUUCCAAAUACUUCACUGAAGAGCUGAGACGAAUUUUUAUUGAGGACACUGACUCGGAGAUGGAGGACUUUGAAGGAUUUGCCCCAAGUGAAUUGAAUGUAAACAGUAAUCCAGAGGUAAAGCUCCUGGAGCCAGCUGAGAGCGAUGAUAAAGACCCUUCCAUGAGCGAGGAGGAAGAGGAAGAGGAAGAUGAAGAGAAGGCUGCCCCCAGACGAGGGCGACCGAGAAGAAGCAGCAUAGGACUCCGAGUGGCCUUUCCCUUCCCCACCAAGGCAGCGGUGAAAAAAUCAGAUAAGGACAGUUCUUUCGAGUCCACAUUUUCUAGUUCUUGUCUCCAGGACAAUAACAAAGCCAUUCUUGGGAGGAAGAAAAGCUGCAGGCAGGGGAAGGGAAGGAGUGAGUCUGCCUCCGAGUCUGAGGACGAGCCUCGAGAAGAGGCCCAGGAUGCUCUACUGAGAAGGAGCACAAACAUCAAGGAGAACAAGGCCAUGCUUGCUCAGCUGUUGGCGGAACUGAAUUCCAUGCCCGAUUUCUUCCCUGUGCGAACGCCAACCUCAAGUACAAAGAGAAAGACAUCCCGGCGAGCCUUCUCUGAGGGUCAGCUCCCCCGGCGCAUGAACCCCACGAGGAGUGCACGGCCCCCCGAGAAGUUUGCACUGGAAAAUUUCACCGUCUCGGCCACCAAAUUUGCAGAAGAGUUUUACAGUUUCAGGAGAAGGAAAACAAUCAGUGGGGGGAGAUGCCAGGGCUACAGACGGCGCUGCCGUAUAUCUUCAUUCCGGCCCGUGGAGGAUAUCACGGAAGAGGAUUUAGAGAACGUGGCCAUAACUGUCAGAGAUAAAAUCUAUGACAAAGUGCUUGGCAACACUUGCCAUCAGUGUCGCCAGAAAACCAUCGAUACCAAGACGGUCUGUCGGAACCAGGGCUGUGGCGGGGUACGAGGCCAGUUUUGUGGGCCAUGCCUGCGCAAUCGCUAUGGGGAGGAUGUGAGGUCUGCGCUGCUGGACCCGGAUUGGAUGUGCCCCCCUUGCCGCGGCAUUUGCAAUUGCAGCUACUGUCGGAGGCGUGAUGGCCGGUGUGCCACUGGUAUCCUCAUCCACCUGGCCAAAUUUUACGGUUAUAAUAACGUGAAGGAAUAUCUGGAGAGCAUACAAAAGCAGCUGGGAGACAAUUGAGGACCAGCCACUCUGGCAGGCAGAAAACUUCAGGAAGACUUGCCGGACCAUUUGUGCCUGAGAUUGCCUACAGUUCCCCC